AUGGAAGUUAAGGGCGGCGAAAUAAGGGUCCCCAAACCUUCAAAUGAGGUUUUGGAAGUUAAAAAGCGCUUUUAUACGGCAUUUAAGAUUAAGGGAACGAUAGGUGCUGUUGACUGCACGCACAUAGGCAUAGUCGCUCCAUCAUCAACAGACCCAAGUAACCCUCUAUGCAUGUAUAUGAACCGGAAAGGUUUCUACAGCAUUAACGUAGAGGCUGUAUGUGAUCAUCGUUUGGUGUUCACGGCUAUAAAUGCAAGAUUUCCAGGAUCCUACCACGACUCCGGUAUUUGGACUACAUCCCCAACACUCGUUCAUCUAAGAACACAUAGAAGCCAGUGCGAUAAUUGGUUGUUAGGGGACCAGGGUUACCCACUGGAACCAUGGCUUCUAACUCCAGUGGCAGAGCCAUCGAAUGCAAAAGAAGUGACAUUCAACACCCUACACGAAAUUGCGUAG